GCGGGCGCGGAGCGGCGGCACCGCGGGGACCCCGCACGGCGGCGGCACCGCCGGGGACCCCCUGAGCGCCGGGGACCCCCCGAGCGGCGGGCCGGGUCUGGCGGGGCACAAUGGGGACCCUCCAGCUGCAGGACUUCGUGGCCGGCUUGGUGGGAGGAAUUGCCAGUGUGGUUGUGGGCCAUCCCCUGGACACGGUCAAGACUCGUUUGCAAGCUGGACAAGGAUAUGGAAAUACACUCAAGUGUUUUCUCACUGUGUACAGAAAUGAGUCUGUGACUGGCUUCUUCAAGGGCAUGUCCUUCCCCAUGGCCACCACAGGCCUGUACAGCUCGGUGGUGUUCGGGGUGUUCAGCAGCACGCAGCGGUUCCUGGGCCAGCUCCGCCACGGGGACGUGGCUGCCGCGCCCUCGCUCGCCGACAUGACCGUGGCCAGCUCGGUGGCAGGGUUUGUCUCCGUGGCCAUUGGCACUCCCGUGGACCUGGUAAAGAUCAGGCUACAGAUGCAAACACAGCCCUACAGCAAAGCAGACGUUAAACUAAAGCCCACAGCUCCUGGAUCUCCUGUGUACCGAGGCCCAAUCCACUGCUUUUGGACAAUCCUACAGAAAGAGGGGAUAGCAGGAAUCUACCGAGGCACAGUGGCAAUGCUCCUGAGGGAUGUUCCUGGGUACUGCGUCUACUUCAUCCCUUAUGCAGUUUUCUGUGACUGGGCAACUCCUGAGGGAUGCAUUUCUCCCAGUCCCUUCUCUGUCUGGCUGGCAGGGGGUGUAGCAGGAGCCAUUUCCUGGGGAUUAUGCACUCCAAUGGAUGUUGUGAAAAGUCGACUUCAGGCAGAUGGAGUUUAUUUAAAUCAGUACAAAGGGACCCUUGACUGCAUCUUGCAGAGCUACCAGAACGAGGGCUUAAAACUGUCACAGGAGCCUGUGGUCUGGUUCAAUUUUUGCCACUGGGUGAAGAAAGUCACACUGAUGUGAAGCACAAGCACCUGGAGAGAUGCUGAGGACUGUCCAUGGAGGGACAGGGUGCCCAGGCUCUUCAUUCCAUUUGGUGUGCACUUACACUGUAAACACAGGGUGGCUGAAAAGGGCCUUUCCAUGUGUUCUCCCUUCUCUCUCCAUCCUCAUCACCUCCUUGUCCUGCCUGAAUAUUAACAGCUAUGGUGCUUGGGGGUUUUGGCUGGAGGUCUGAGCUGCUUGCAGAUUUUGUGCUGUCACACCUGGCACCCACAUCAAAGCCAACAACAGGAUUGAGCAAUGGCUGAUGGCAAGACUGGAUCCUGCUCUUGUGAGGAAAACCUUUUGAAAUGUUGGGAGCCACACAGCUGACAAACAGCCAGCUCAGGGCUGGAUGUUUUCAUUCUGGGACAAAGGAACACCACUCACAGUGCUCCAAAUAAUUGCCUGAUGCACACAAAGAAAUGUAAAUAUAACACUUGUCUUUUUCCAUAGCCAAGUGUGUUCAUUCUGAGGAGAGAAAUUUAUGCCUCUGGGCUUUUCAUCCUAAAUCUUCAUUAUUAUUUAACUUGGUUCUCUUUUGUUACUUUAUGGGUCAUUCCAAAAAAUUGAAUUUCCUCCCAGAAAAUUCUCUUUCCUAGCAAAAUAAAACAUCCCAACAAAUCGAAUAAUAUCCUACAUAUCCCAGUGCUGCAAUUUCACAUUGCAAGGUCCAUCCUAAACUAUGUGAACACAUUUUGAUCCUGCCUCAAACAAGUCAGCACUGUGCUCUGGACUUAUUGGAUACAAGAUAUGAUGGUGUUUAGUAGAGCUCAGUAAUUUCAGGGGAAAGACUGGCUAGACUCUUAAAUCCAUGGGCUUCUGGUUUUGGAGCCAAGAUCUUCCACAGUUCCUUACAGUAGCUGUGGGAACUUUGCUGUUGUAAAGCCUGGAAAGGGGCUGGAUUGCUGAUGUUCCUUUUCAUAUCCAUUCUGAACUGGUGAUGUUUAGAUCAGUGACCAGGGUGAUGAGCCUGGGUGGUGAUUGGAGUGAUUUGUGAGAAACAGGCCAGCAGAAAUACUCCCUGCAACCAUCAUUCUGUGACCAGGCUCACCCCAAAGUGGGCUGUGCACACACCAGGGAAUGGUGUUUGUGGUGAGGGGGGUUCAAAGGGAGAUGAGUCAAGGCCAGGAGCCAGGAGUGACAAGACCCCUCUCCACUUUCCAAAGGCACUUUACUGUUCAAGAACUUAAAAGCUGCAAGGUCUUUCUCUCUUGUACAUGCCAGCACCUUUUAAAAAGUUAUAUAUUGAGCAGAAUGAGGAAAUCUGGCCGAUGGUAUUUAUUAUCUUGAUGAGAGAAAGCACUGGGCAGUGUAUGGGUACCAAAGGUUGACCUUAGGAACACUCCUGUGAAAAUAUCAGCUUCUACUGAACAUUUUUCCCAAAGGUGGUGGUGAGAGCUGGUUCUCAGCAAGGUACAGAGUGAGUCUAGUUUUCUGCUGAUUGAGAAAUUCCUUCUAUGCUCAAAGGUGAAACCUGAAAACCAGUCCCCGUGGCUCAAUGCCCACACCAGCAGGGCUGGCCCACGGCCACACUGCUCCCUCUGCACCUGCCAAACACCUUCUGUGCCCACAGACCCAGCCCCGGGGGCCAGAGAAUUCCCUGCAGGAAAACAACAGCCUUCUUGAACCCUGGGCUUUGCAUGACCCCCACAUGCAAAGGGAAGGAAGGCCAGGUUGGACAAGGCUUGGAGCAAUGAGGUCUAGUGGAAGGUGUCCCUGUCCAUGGCAGGGGGUAGGAACAAGAUAAGCUUUAAGGUAGGUCCCUUCCAACCCAAACCAGUCUAUGAUUCUAUCAUUCUGUGACUGUACCAAGGUGGGACAACACUGGAAGAUGUUUUAGACUUCUUGCUUUCUGUUCUACACCAGUGGCAUUUUUCACCCUUCAGCACAUGUAGAUCUUGCUGGUAUGUACAGAUGGGGGUCUGUGGGGAGCACAGAGAACAAUGACACCAAACCAGGGACUUUUACCAUUGCAUUUCCACUCUCCAGUGCAGACUUCAGCCAGGACCAGCAGUGAGAGCGCAUCUUCCAAGCAAACCAAGAUGUGGUGCUUCAGAAUCCCACCGUGACUUCACUCAAUGUUUUCUUCCCCUUCUUAAAAUAGCCAGUUUGUUCCUAUGCUCUAACCUUUCUCCAUCCC